CAGCGGCGGCGGCGGCAGCUGGGAGGAGGCGGUGACGGUGGCAACGGCAGCGUCGGGGACGAUGGCGCGACUGGUGGCAGUGUGCAGGGACGGGGAGGAGGAGUUCCCCUUCGACAGGAGGCAGAUUCCCCUCUACAUAGACGACACCCUCACGAUGGUGAUGGAAUUUCCUGACAAUGUGUUAAAUCUUGAUGGGCAUCAGAAUAAUGGUGCACAACUAAAGCAGUUUAUUCAGCGACAUAGUAUGCUUAAACAACAAGACCUAGGUAUUGCCAUGGUGGUAACAUCACGUGAAGUCUUGAGUGCACUUUCUCAGCUUGUCCCAUGUGUUGGUUGUCGUCGCAGUGUGGAACGCCUCUUUUCUCAGCUUGUAGAGUCUGGAAAUCCUGCCCUCGAACCCCUGACAGUAGGGCCUAAGGGAGUGCUCUCUCUGACUCGAAGCUGCAUGACUGAUGCAAAGAAGCUUUAUACGUUAUUUUAUGUACAUGGGUCCAAACUAAAUGAUAUGAUAGAUGCUAUUCCAAAAAGUAAGAAGAACAAGAGAUGCCAGUUGCACUCCUUAGAUACGCACAAGCCAAAACCUUUGGGUGAAGGGAGCAGUAGCAGUGUCAGUUCAGAGAAGUUAAGUACAGAUAAGAGAAGUAGUGAAGACCACAGGAAGGACAGCAAGUGUAGGAUCAUUUUCCAUUAUGGACCUUUCCAGGGAACAGCCAGAGGUUGUUGGAUGGAUGUAUGGGAACUAAUGUCCCAGGAAUGCAGGGAUGAAGUAGUUUUAAUUGACUCUAGUUGUCUUUUAGAAACACUAGAAACAUAUCUGCGGAAACACAGGUUUUGCACUGAUUGCAAAAAUAAAGUCCUCCGAGCAUACAAUAUCCUUAUUGGUGAACUUGACUGCAGCAAAGAAAAGGGCUAUUGUGCUGCACUUUAUGAAGGCUUGCGGUGCUGUCCACAUGAGCGACACAUACACGUUUGCUGUGAAACAGACUUCAUUGCACAUCUUUUGGGUCGUGCUGAGCCAGAGUUCGCAGGAGGGUAUGAGCGAAGAGAAAGGCAUGCUAAGACAAUAGAUAUAGCUCAAGAAGAAGUUCUGACCUGCUUGGGAAUUCAUCUUUAUGAAAGAUUGCAUCGAAUCUGGCAGAAACUACGGGCAGAAGAACAGACAUGGCAGAUGCUCUUCUAUCUUGGUGUUGAUGCUUUACGUAAGAGUUUUGAGAUGACUGUGGAAAAAGUGCAAGGUAUUAGCCGCCUGGAACAACUUUGUGAGGAAUUUUCAGAGGAAGAACGAGUAAGAGAACUCAAGCAAGAAAAGAAACGCCAAAAAAGAAAGAACAGACGAAAAAAUAAGUGUGUGUGUGAUAUUCCUACUUCCUUACAAACAGCGGAUGAAAAGGAAGUAAGCCAAGAGAAGGAAACAGACUUCAUAGAAAACAGCUGCCGAGCCUGUGGCAGCACUGACGACGGUAACAGCUGUGUAGAAGUAAUUGUUACCAGCGAGAGUGCAUCAUGUACCUGUCCUAGUAGUGCCAAUCUUUUGGGGUCUCCUAAAAUAAAGAAAGGCAUGUCUCCACACUGUAAUGGUAGUGAUUGUGGAUAUUCAUCUAGCAUGGAAGGGAGUGAAACAGGUUCUCGAGAAGGUUCAGAUGUUGCCUGCACUGAAGGAAUUUGUAACCAUGAUGAACAUGGUGACGAUUCCUGUGUUCAUCACUGUGAAGACAAAGAAGAUGAUGGUGAUAGUUGUGUUGAAUGUUGGGCAAAUUCUGAAGAAAAUAAUACAAAAGGAAAAAAUAAAAAGAAGAAAAAGAAAAGCAAGAUGUUGAAAUGUGAUGAACAUAUCCAAAAACUUGGAAGUUGUAUUACAGAUCCAGGCAGUCGAGAGACCUCAGGAAAUACCAUGCACACAGUGUUUCACCGGGACAAGACCAAAGAUGCACACCCUGAAAGCUGUUGCAGUACUGAAAAGGGUGGGCAGCCCCUGCCUUGGUUUGAGCAUAGGAAAAAUAUUCCACAGUUUGCAGAACCCACAGAAACGUCAUUUGGUCCUGAUUCUGGAAAAGGUGCCAAGAGCUUAGUUGAACUCCUUGAUGAAUCUGAAUGUACUUCAGAUGAGGAAAUCUUUAUCUCACAAGAUGAAAUACAGUCAUUUAUGGCUAAUAACCAGUCUUUCUACAGCAAUAGAGAACAAUACCGACAGCACCUGAAGGAGAAAUUUAAUAAAUACUGCCGCUUAAAUGACCACAAGAGGCCCAUUUGUAGUGGCUGGUUGACAACGGCUGGAGCAAAUUAAAUAAAUAAAAUAGCUCUGUCUUUCAAUGAAACACUCAAGAUGACUACUGCGCCUUCUCUUUAAAAAAAAAAAAAAAAAACAACUCUUAAUUUA